AUGGCGCCAGACAGAGGCAUGGAAACCAUUGUGGACGCUGAUCCUGGAGACGCCCAGGCGAACAAUGUCUUACUGGAGGCCGAGACGAGUUCAACGAAGACUUCCUCCGACAAAGACCUCGGCGCAGGCCCUGAAGGCUCAACUAUCCCUCCGCAUCUUUCCCAUGACCCUGCUACGAGCGCAAAGCGGACAGAUCCAUUCCAGUUCGGUCAGCGUUACUUGUCAGAAUCCGCAGAUGUCUUUGAAUACAAUGCCUGGGACCAUGUAGUCCCCGACGAAGCACAUCAUGAAUAUUGCGAAUCUCAAUAUGCAGCCCAACGAGCCGCUCCAGUCUCUGACUUUGACCGUACGCGCUUUAAUGAGCACCCAGAAAAAUGGUGGGAUCUGUUCUACAAGCAAAAGACAAGCACAUUUUUCAAGGACCGAAAAUGGUUGGCGCAGGAGUUCCCGGUUCUGAACGACGUUACCAGAAAAGACGCUGGGAAGAAAAUCAUCCUCGAAGUUGGUGCUGGUGCUGGUAACACUGCAUUUCCCAUAUUGAGAAUGAAUGAGAACCCAGAAUUGAAGAUAUUCGCCGUGGAUUUCAGCAAAAAGGCAGUGGACACCAUGAGAGACGCAGAUGAUUACAGAAAUUGUGGCGGGGUCAUGGCAGCUGAUGUUUGGGAUGCAGCUGGCGAACAUCUUCCUACAGGCGUUGACGAGGGCAGCGUCGAUAUAGUCAUCAUGAUAUUUAUCUUCUCCGCCCUGAACCCGAAACAAUGGCAGCAGGCUGUUAGGAACAUCCAACGAAUAUUGAAACCGGGCGGUGAGGUUCUCUUUCGGGACUAUGGCAGGGGCGAUCUUGCGCAGGUCAGGUUCAAGGCUGGACGAUGGAUGGAAGAGAAUUUCUACGUCCGCGGGGAUGGAACUCGAGUUUAUUUUUUCGAGAAAGAAGAACUCGAGCAGAUCUGGGGCGACACAUUUGAUAUUCUGAAUCUCGACAUUGACCGGAGACUCAUCGUCAACCGGCAGCGCAGGAUCAAGAUGUUCCGGUGCUGGCUCCAAGGCCGUUUUCGAAGAAAGGAAGACCCUAAGUGA